GAAUUGUGCCAAAAUCUUUAACAACUUUACUAAAGUGUCAACUUAAACAUGAUAACCAUGAACGAGCUCGUCGAUCUGCGCAUGCAGCAGCACAUUGCGCACGAGAUCUAUCGCCAGCAGAUCAUGCAGCGUAUACCAGAUCCGUUUCCACCCAUGCUGCCCAUACCAAUGCCACGUCAUGUGAUCAUGCCACCGCGUGUCACCUUGCCCGGCGUGGAGAUGACGCUGCAGAACGACGAGUUAUGGAAGCAGUUCCAUCAGAUUGGCACGGAAAUGAUCAUUACCAAAAGCGGCAGACGCAUGUUUCCCUCGAUGCGCCUGAGCCUCGCAGGCCUGGAGGACGAGACAAACUACUGCGUGCUGCUGGAAAUGGUGCCCAUUGGAUGCCGCUACAAGUUCUCCGGCUCGCAAUGGGUGCCCGCCGGUGGCGCCGAGCCGCAGAGUCCCCAGCGCAUGUAUCUGCAUCCGGACAGCCCAGCCACAGGCGCUCACUGGCAAUCGCAGCCCAUACUGUUCAACAAGGUGAAGCUGACCAACAAUACGCUGGACAAUAGCGGCCAUGUCGUCCUGGCCAGCAUGCACAAGUAUCAGCCACGUUUGCAUGUCAUACGCACCGCUGAUCUGGCGCAGAUACCUUGGGCUCCGCAGCAGGCUUUUGUCUUUCCCGAAACGGAGUUUGUGGCCGUGACAGCGUAUCAGAACGAUCGCAUCACGAAGCUGAAGAUCGACAACAAUCCGUUUGCGAAGGGCUUCCGCGAAACGGGACAAUCGCGCUGCAAACGCAAAAUGUCUUCAUCGCCAACUGAUGAUGAUCAAGAUUUGAGCCAGACGCAUUCACAGUCCUCUGCCUCGCUGGACAUGUCGCCAACCAAAUCCACAGCGACAGCAGCAGCAGCCGCAGCAGCAGCAACAACAAGCACAACAGCAAGCAGCAGUGAACAGGAUGGGCCGCAAAUUAAGCGCCUGAGAUCAAAUGGUUCCGCUUGCUCCUUAUCAUCAUCGCUGGAUGGAGCUGAGCCUGCGACUGGCGCCAAUACGCUAAGUUCGCCUCCUGGCGCUGGCGCUGGCGCCACAUUUAUGCAGCAUAUGCAAACCCUACUGCGUCCCUCCUUGGUCGACCUGGCCUGCACUUAUUUUGGACGACCCGUGCAUGAGUACAAUGGCGCAGCAGCAGCGACGCAUGCGUCGCACUUGUAUGCGCCUGCUUCCAUUUUGCAAGCUGCUUUGCCAACACUUCCGGCGCUGGCAUUGCCACACAGCGUUUCCGUGCCUCAAAUGCCAGAUGAGGCAACCAGCGAUGAACUAGAGCUUGAUGUGGGCUGCGAGACAACAGCAACAACAACAACAACAACGACGACGACGCAGCCACAGCCAGCGCCAAUUGAAGCGCCUGCAGCCAAACGCAAGGGAUUUAGUAUAUCCGCUAUACUGGGCGGUGGCAGUUAGUUGAAGCCGCGAGGCGUGCCUUAGUUAUUACCUUUUGAUAUUAUAGAAGAGCGUACAAAUGUAAGAACAAACUGGCCUGAUUAAUUCU